CUUAGUUGAUACACUUGCGACACGUCCACAUUGACAUUGUCCAAAUCAUCUGCAGCAUCGAGCAACCAUGCCGUCUGCGACCACGACUGAAGCGGUUCCAAUUGAAACUGCUCAUGAAGACAUGAUUCAUGAUGCGCAACUCGACUACUAUGGCAAGCGUUUAGCGACCUGCUCUUCAGAUAGAACAGUGAAGGUCUUUGACGUUAUUGGUGGGGAACCAUUGAAAUCUAGUGGACAUACUCUGAAGGGGCACACGGGUCCAGUGUGGCAGGUUGCCUGGGCACACCCGAAGUUCGGACACAUACUUGCUUCUUGCUCGUACGAUGGCAAAGUAUUGAUAUGGGGGGAACGGUCUCAAGGCACGGCCGAUAGUGGGUGGACAAGGGUGAAGGAGCACACGUUACACACCGCUUCGGUGAAUUCUGUGUCGUGGGCUCCUCAUGAGCUCGGUGCGAUGUUGGCUUGCGCGUCGUCAGAUGGAAAGCUUUCUGUACUCACCUUCAAAGAUGACGGUCAGUGGGGUGCUGACAUCUUCAACGGUCAUGCCAUCGGCUGCAACUCUGUUUCUUGGGCGCCCGCGACACAGCCUGGAUCACUCAUUCAUCCGCAACAACCUGGCGUGCAGCCUUCUGCACCCUUUAAACGUUUUGCCAGCGCUGGUUGUGAUAAUCUUGUCAAGAUCUGGGGCUACCGUGAAGACACGCAGUCGUGGGUGGAGGAGGAGACACUUGAUGGGCACACAGAUUGGGUGCGUGAUGUUGCGUGGGCGCCUAACAUCGGUCUGCCAAGGAGUUAUAUUGCAACAGCAUCUCAGGAUAAGACAGUGUUGAUCUGGACAAAAGACUCGUUAACCUCUCCGUGGGUGAAGACUGCCCUUGACCCAUCGACUGCCUCAGGAGCACCUAGUGCAGCGGCUGCGGGCAAAUUCCCUGAUGUCGUAUGGCGCGUAUCAUGGAGUCUCGCUGGAAACAUUCUUGCUGUUAGCUGUGGCGAUGGGAAAGUCACAUUGUGGAAGGAGAAUCUGCGGGGCAUAUGGGAGUGUGUUAGUGACAUGUCGUCCUAGAGAUGUGUGAUUGGAUCAGAUGCUACUUAGAAAUGCACAGGUUGGCUCGCUCAUCUGAAGACGUAUAAAACGUGCGCCGCGCACAUUCCCACUACUCGUCAAGUUCAACAUUAAACGUGUCAAGUUUCACUUGCCGACACGAAGUGCUAUUGGCCCACCCGCAUCGAUCAUCUCAAGCAAAGUGAGUAAGUGCCAGUCGUUUUUCUCUUUUCUAAUGUGCCUCCGAUUCUGGACGAGACUCUGGGACUAAGGCCCAAGGCACAAUGACUUCUGUCUCAAUGUAGAGAUCGACAGAACCGCACAACAAUUACAUUCCAGGCAAAUUACAGGUCUCACAACGUAUUUUAGUUGCAAGCACAGGCUUUCUUUCUUCGAGGUCCCGUGUCUCCUGCGUUCGAUAUUCGCCAUCUGGCAAUAUUACAAUUGCAACAGGUAGCAAUAUCACAAGUUAUGAUACAGGAACGAGGGGACAAG